CAGUUAGUUUAUUAAUUAGUUUAUAAAUUAAAUGAAAUAUGUAAUCGAUUUGUGAAUCUGAUUUUAAAUGGACAGCGCUAAAAAUCAAGAAUUGAUCUAAUAAGAGAAUAUCAUGGUGUCGAAAUUGCUUUCUGCUGUUCAAAAAAGAUCUGAUCUACAAGACUGUAGACAAAAUAUAGGAAAAAUUCGGGGUCCUAAGCUCUAGAUACUAUAUUCCUAUAACAGCCAAUUAUGUAUUUUAUCAGCUUAUUCUUCAUUAUGCAAUACAUACAUAAAAUUGCCUUUUCUAAGUUUUGCCUGAAGCAUGACAAUUUUGUAGUUCUACAGAAUUAUACUGUAGAACUUUUAGCUUCCGAGACUCUAAAAAACUACAUUCUGCAUUUCGGAAACGAUUAAAAUUAGAUAUUAGCCUCGGCAAAGGUAUAAAAAAGACUUACAUAUGCUUACGUGUGCCACACCUUGCCCAGUCCAAUUUUCCGUUCAGUAAAGCACGGCGGUCUCAUUUCGAAAUUACAUACAUACUCGUACUCGUAUCGUGUACUUGAAAUCCCAAGAGUGUUUUUGCUAUAUCAAACUUGAAAUUGAGAAAAACGGCUCAGCACUUCAAAAGUGGCGUCAAGUGGAGCACUCAUUAACAUAAAUACCGAAGAUCAACACAUCGUAUUGCACGGAAGCAUGGGGUCAUGGGGUCCAACAGACCCCACAAUGUGUGGCUUGCAGUCGAAAACCAGCUGCAUCUGAUGCUCACAAGGAAAUGAAGAAAUGAAAGUGAUAACCAGCCUGUUCUUAGGAUUAAAUCACGAAAAAAAUGGCACACACUGAUUUGGCUGCAUCGCGGUCGAACACACCCGACCAGGAACGGGACUGUGCUACUGACAACGGACACAUGCCUAAACCACUUACGGCUGGAAUUUAUCCCACUAGCUCCUCUAGAAAUGCUCAAGCGACAACCAUGGCCCUAGAACAGUACCGAUUGCAGCUCUACAAUUAUGCCUUGAAUAUUGAACGAUUCCGUUGUCCGCAAUAUGGGACAGCUGGAGGGGCUAGUACGCCUUGGAUGCAUAUGAAUCCGUACGCAGCCCAGAGCACCGGUACAGGUGUCAAUCGAAUGACUGCGCUUUCGACCAUCUCCCUGUUUCCCCAGUCGCAGCGCAUAUUUCAACCAGAGGAGCCUAAGCCACAACACAGCUAUAUUGGACUCAUAGCAAUGGCAAUUCUCAGCUCAACGGAGAUGAAGUUGGUCCUCUCAGACAUUUACCAAUACAUUUUGGAUAACUAUUCGUAUUUUAGAAGCCGUGGGCCUGGUUGGAGAAAUUCUAUCAGGCAUAAUCUAUCACUGAAUGAUUGCUUUAUUAAAUCGGGACGCAGCGCAAAUGGCAAAGGACAUUACUGGGCAAUACAUCCGGCCAACAUGGAUGAUUUUCGCAAGGGUGAUUUUCGGCGCCGUAAGGCCCAGCGCAAGGUGCGAAAGCAUAUGGGUCUGUCAGUAGAUGACAGCACUGAUUCUCCCAGUCCCCCACCGUUAGAUCUUACAACACCUCCACCGCCGAGCUCUCAAGCUACAAUACAAUUGGCCGCCCUUAGUUAUCCGUAUCACCAAAACUAUAUCGGGCAGUUCUUCAAUCGAAAUUCAGACACAGCUUCGCCACAUUAUUCCGUAUCACAUCCGGUACAGACGUUACAGCGGCAGCCCAAUUGCCUAGAACCAUCAAUUCAACAAGCACAUCAACAUAUUGCGUAUAUUAACUCUACGACAACGACAACAAUAGCAAACAUGUAUUCGCAAACACGAAAGCGUCAGUUCGACGUAGCCUCGUUACUGGCCCCUGAUGUUCAGAUCGUUGAUAUCGUAUCUGAAGAUCAGGAGUCUUCGCCAGCGGCUAAUGCAGCUACAGCUACUCGGACAACAACUCAACAUACGGUCAUUACAAAGCAAACCAUACACCGUGAGGUGGUUGUGGGAUUGGAGCAACCAGUUGCUGAUACUGAUAUUGACGCAGAUAUCGACGUUGAAGUUAAUGUUGAUGUGGUGGAUGAUAGCAAUGAUCCUGAUCCCGAUCUCGACCCGGAUGCGGAUGAGCCCGGAAAAACAACAGAGGUAAUGAAACAAGUGUUCUCUGUCGAUGACAAUAACUCGUACCUAAGCGAUGGCAGGCGUUCAUCUUUCGAUGCCGACCCUGAUCCUGAAGAUCUUGAGCCGCAUAACUACUCCAUUUCCAGUUCGGCAGCAAGAUCUUUGGGCAGCAGUAGUAGCCAACAUGAGGAAUCUAACUCAUUGGAGGAAUGUCCCACUGCUACAUCCGCCAUCACAAGUACACCCAAUGCAAGGUUAAAUUCAACAUCACAUCUGACAGUAGCAAUUCCUAAGGCAUACAUAGAACUCAACCAUGUUGAUCCACACAUACUGAGUAGAUAUUAUGGGACAUAUAUGGCGGCCGCAGCUCGAUGUGCUAGUCUGGAGUCCAGGGAAAAAUCGAACACUACCCCUCCACCGUCCAUCGAAAUAAUCUCACAUAAGUAAAAAAAAAACAUGCUACAAUCUACAAUUUACAUACGUAUGAGUAUCUGUACAUACAUAAAUGGAAAAAAAAAACUGUAAACCCACCCUGAAAUACUCACGUAUAUGCCAUAUGUAUUAAUAUGUUUUAAGCUUAUCUGAAAGUAUACACAUUUCCAUAAAGGUAAA